AGACUUUGGCAGACUUUUAUGAAUAAUUCGUUCUUGCCCAUAUAACAGAGCCAGGAACAGGCGUUUGGGCUGUUUGUCUGAACUUCAUCUUCUUCUUCACGCCAAAAUGUCUGACAAGCCUAAAGUGUACCAGGGUGUGCGGGUGAAGACCACCGUGAAGGAGCUGCUGCAGAAGCGCAGAGCCCUUCAGGCAGCAGAAUCGAGGAAGCCGCACGCUCUGCCCUCUCCGGACGCCUGUCCCGCUCCGCUGCCUGCAGCCCACGGAGACGCUUUUCCCGCGAGCUCGGCGCCAGACGCCUAUUUCCAGCCUCGGCACUUUGCAAACAACGGGCAUGUCUCCAUGGAGGACACGUUUGAUCAGCACUUCCUGAUGAGCGUGAUGCCGUCUGAGGGUUUGAACGCCAGCAGCAGCACCAUGUGCAGCCCUGCAGCGUGGAUGGAUGGAUACAUCCCUGCAUGCACGGACUACUACAGCAACACCUUAGCUUCCAGCUCACCAACACACUCCUUCAACCUGCCCAGUCCAGCAGAUUACAACAGCUACUCCCCUCCUGAGUCUCACUCCUCCUCUUCCUCGUGCUACAGCUCUCCAUCACGGCUGGACCUGAGCUCCAGUUUUGCUCCUGAGAGCUGCCACUACCAGCACUGUGACCUGCAGCGCGGCUUUUGCCACUGGCCCGCGCUGCAGGACGCUGGAACAGCCUCAGAAUACUCAGCUUACAGCUCUUCAGACUGUUUUUACCCGACCUUCGGGGACGACUUCUACUUCAGGAGGGAAUCAUCGAGCGCUGAGCUGUGUUACCUUUAAAAGCACUUUGUCCAAUGACUGUAUGUAAAGUGUCAUGAAAUGCUUUUGAUUACAACUUUCAUCUCAUCGUAGUGUUUUUUUUAUACAAAACUAUAAAACUCACAAUUACAGUUUUUUUACAAUGGUGAGGUAUUUUUUCCAUAAAUAUCAAGACAUGUUUUAUCAGUUUCAAACAGCUGGAAUUUUUUUGUUAUUGUCAGUGAUGAACAAAUUGUUCUUUUUUUCCACAAUAAAAUGAAUAUUUUUUCGUAAA